CACAGUUGAUAAAGAUAUCGAGCUCACUUGACUCUUUCCAUUUAUAUAAGCUAUUUAUCACAGGAUCGCAUGCUUAUUUGUUUAUUCUUAAAACCACCGAACAAAAAGAAGCCAAAUUGUAUCUUUCAACAAAUGUGUGAUAUGUUGAGUAAGGCCGCCCAAGAAAGAAAGCAAGGUGAUUCAACAGGGCAACAAGACAUUUCACCAAAGCAAUGGCUGUCCAAGAAAACUGUUCAAGAUCUUUUACCUGAUCAACAUCAGCUUGAACUAUUAAUUCAGCAUAAGCAGACUCAUCUCACCAUCGAAAAGCAACAAGCGCUUGUAAAACAUGUACUCGAUCACAUAGCGAAUGACACACCUGUUGAUACAGAUCAAGUAUUGAACUUGGUUGACAAGGAUGUGUCCCAGCUUGUAUCGUUUGGAAAUAUUGUCUUGAAGAUGUCGCAGUACGGCGCACCGGUCGCACUGGAACUGUAUAGAAUAGCCAUGGAAAAGGGAGACGAUAGAGGCGCUUUUAGCUAUGCCAACAUGGUUUAUCGAGGAUAUCGCGGUACACCCAAGGAUGAAGAAAGAGGUGUUCAGAUCAUGUCUCAACUCGCCCAAAAGGGCCACCCUUAUGCACAAAUGAACCUGGCAGCGAUCAUCAUGCGCACACAACCAAGCCGCGUCGAUGCAGCUAUCCAGCUUUAUGAGCUUGCUGGCCGAGCAGGCAUGGAUGGCGCCUACACCGAGCUCGGACGAAUGUAUCGACAUGGAUUUGGUAUUCAUCAAGACCAUGUCAAGGCUGUUGAGUAUUUCAAACAGGGUGCACAAGCUGGAAACCCUCAGUGUAACUUUAUGCUCGGCGUGUACCAUUCUUCAAACUUGAUCGGUGAGCCCGAUCAACAAAAGGCGUUCAAGUAUUUUCAAAAGGCGGCUGUCAAGGGUAUGCCCGAGGCACAGUACAAUGUGGGCCUCCGGUUUCUCAGAGGACAUGGCGUGGAAAUAAACCACUUUAAUGCAGCAGAAUUCUUUCGAAUGGCAGCCCUGCAAGGGUUUCAGCUGGCUCAGAUUAAUUUAGCAGGCAUGUAUACCGAAGGUCGAGGCGUCAAGAAGGAUCUUGAGGAGGCGCGUAAAUGGCUAGAAAAGGCAUGUGCUUCUGGAGGGAAAAUCGGAAAAGAUGCUCAGAAGCGUAUCGAAGAGCUCGAUCAAAUAGAAGGCAAAAAGAAAAACAAUGAUAGAUGCAACAUCAUGUAACAUAUUU